AUGUUGGCUGACGAUAUUGAAAGAACCAUAACUUAUUCAAAUACUGGAGAUUUAAACCCUUUUUUGACAAUAUUAUAUGCAUUUUUGUUUAUUGCGUGCAUUAUUAUUUAUACUAUUGUACUUCCGUUUUACAUUUGUGCCAAUAAAGUGAACCACGAAAGAGAUAAAGAGGCAAGUUGGUGAAAAUUGUAAAAUUCUCAUCUACCCAAUUACGAAACACUUUUAUCACAUGGUAAUAAUAUACUAUCUUAUAUUUGUUUUAACAUGCAUCAGCGUCUUUUUUUGCUUUUAUUCGUAAGUACCCAAACCUUUUUAUACAAUUAUUAAUUUUGUUCAGAAACAGGUUUUUACUUACAUAAUUUGUUAUUUUUAGUUUAUUCAGUUCACUAUGCAUAAUUACUCAAGUCUUCCAUGUGUUACUGUUUGUACUCGCAGUUGAACGAUUUUUUAUAUACUUUAUACCAUCCAGCGGGAAACUAUUCAAAUUUUCGCGAUGUAAAAUCAAACCCUUGUACUUUUUGAUAAUUACAAAAGAAGUAUCAUGUUUACUAUACGCAUCUUGGGAUUAUGAGCCUGUUCAAUUUCAAUACUGGGUUAAUUUUUUCCUUUGGAUAACGUGCUCUAUCAAUGAUGCUCUUGUAUUUCUCUCAGCUAUUUUAUAUAUUCCGAUUGUAAUAAGUAUUCGGAAAUAUGCAAAUUUGAGGUGGGCUCAACGUUCCCAGCCUCAUAAAUAUAUUUUCUUACAGACAAUGGUAGUUUUAACAUUCAAAUCGAUCCAAGUUCUCGUAUGCCUCAUGACAAACCAUAAUGGUAUUUCCUUAACUAGUUUAUUCAUAUACGCUAUAGUAUUCUCAGACAUUAUCACCACGCCGUUGAUUGUUCAGAUGUCGUAUUUAUCAUGCAAUAAAAGAAACAUGAACGUUUUGCUCUCCACUAUAAGUGCUAGGAAGUUGUUUAAUGUUCUGUUCAAUCUCAGAACGGGAGCCACCGUGUUUCCACGUUCAUCAACAAUUUACUCUACACACAUGAUCUGA